GCAUUCUUGGUGCCCCCAUCCCAGAGACAAAAAAUCAGGAAGGCAAACCUGCCUUGUCCUGUCAAAUCAUUUUGCCUCAGAAGCAGCUCAAGCGAAAGAAUGACCUCUACGUAAUGAUGGUAUCAUGGGCACACUGCAUAGCAGCAAAGGAGAAGUACAUCGCCAUCGUGAGUACUGUGGUGGAGACUACAAAUCCAGAGAAAGAGAUUGAGCCUGCUUUGAAGCUGCUGGGGCCGAUACAGCACAAGUUUGUCCAGAUCAGUGAGAUCAGAGACCCUGUGACAGACGGAGCAGCAGAUGGUGUUUUUGUCACAGCAAGCUAUGAUCCAUCCUCGCACUUUGAAGACGCCUCUACUGAAGUCCUUGCAUUGUGGAAGAAGAUCACUGGGGAAAGCCUGGACCUCACAGUGCUCCCAGAGGAUGAGGACCAAUGAAGGCCAGCACAAUCAUCUGAAGUGUCUGGCGGGUGCCCAGACUUGCUUGGUGCCCCCAGAUUUGCUUUGAAAUGAAAUCGAUUUCAAAUCUCCAAACUGUUUUGCUGAAAUCACCAACGUGCACCAAGCUCUUUUCCAUGGGUUUCGCUUCAGACAGUCCAGCCCCCGACUUUGUGCAGAGCCUGUCGCAGCUGAGAAGCUUGCUGUUGCCUGCAAACCGAUGGGAGAGUAGCGUUCAGCAAAACGGCAUAGCGGGAUUAUUGUGGUUGCG